CAACUUCUGCUCUUUCUUCUGCAGAAUGCAUAUUGUAAAGGGGUAUUUUCAGCUCCCAUUUAGAUCUGUCAAACUCCAUCAAGUUGCACUCGUCUGUCUGUCUUUACCUAAUAACAAGUGAACUGAAACAACAUUCCCAUCUAUUCUCAUCUCCUCCGUCUAAGAAUUAAAACAUCCCAAGUUCUCAACCAAUCUACUCUUGUUUUUCUUCAAAAUCUUACACUCAUCACUCUUUUGGUCCAGAUAUGGGGUUUGAUAAGGAAGCAAGCUCAUCCUCGCAUGUGCUGCAAGUGCCACCCCUCCCAAGAGAAGAUACCCCCUUGUUGGGCCAACCACGUCGCCUGUCUUCCCAGUCAAAGACCUUUGCAAACGUCUUUAUAGCUAUAGUUGGAGCAGGCGUCCUCGGCCUUCCUUACACCUUCAAGAAAACUGGCUGGCUCAUGGGCUCCCUCAUGCUCUUCUCUGUUGCUCUCCUAGCCUAUCACUGCAUGAUGCUUUUGGUUUUUACUCGCCGCAAGCUGGAGUCUAUCCAUGGCUUCUCCAAGAUCAACUCCUUCGGUGAUCUUGGCUUCGAGGUUUGUGGCCCCCUUGGUCGCUUUGCGGUAGAUAUCAUGAUAGUUCUUGCCCAAGCUGGUUUCUGCAUUAGUUACCUCAUUUUUAUUGCCAACACUUUAGCCUAUGUCUUUAAUGCUGACAAUCAGGCAAGUAUUCUUGGGUUCAGUUCCAAGACUGUUUAUCUGUGGGCUUGUUUUCCAUUCCAGUUAGGUUUGAAUUCAAUUGCAACGUUGACCCAUUUAGCUCCUUUGAGUAUCUUUGCGGAUGUAGUAGAUCUUGCAGCUGUGGGAGUGGUGAUGGUAGAGGAUGUUUUGGUUUUCUUGAAGAAUAGACCCGAGUUAAAGGCUUUCGGUGGUUUCUCUGUAUUUUUUUAUGGCCUGGGGGUGGCUGUUUAUUCUUUUGAAGGAAUAGGGAUGAUAUUGCCAUUGGAAUUAGAGGCUAAAUACAAAGAUAAGUUUGGGAAAGUAUUGGCCUUAUGCAUGGCAUUCAUUUCUCUGCUGUAUGGAGCAUUUGGGAUAUUGGGAUACAUGGCUUUUGGUGAAGAGACCAAAGAUAUAAUCACUACCAACCUGGGAGCAGGGUUAAUAAGCACUCUGGUGCAACUGGGUCUAUGUGUGAACCUGUUUAUAACAUUCCCAUUGAUGAUGAACCCAGUUUACGAGGUGGUGGAGAGGCGGUUGUGUGAUUCUAGAUACUGCUUAUGGCUAAGGUGGGUAGUUGUUUUGGGGGUAAGUUUAGUGGCACUGCUGGUCCCAAAUUUUGCAGAUUUCUUGUCUCUAGUGGGCAGUAGUGUCUGCUGUGCUCUGGGGUUUGUGUUGCCUGCUGCUUUUCAUUUGAUGGUAUUCAAGAAGGAAUUAGGGUGGGAUGGAUUGAUUAUGGAUGCAGUCAUUGUGGUUCUGGGUGUGAUUAUGGGAGUCUCAGGAACCUGGUCUUCGCUCCUGGAGAUAUUUGCGUCCAAGGCCUAAUGAUUUCCUUUCUUUUUUCCUCUCUUGAGGUGAGGUGAUCAUAUGAACGACUGUUAAUACCAAUGAUUGAGAAGAAAGACAUACAACUUGGCCAUGUAUGAUACCAUUUAAUUCCUCCACAAAUUGGUGUAUUUUCAUAACAGUUCAAUCAUUGUGUUUGUGUA